GGCGGGAGGCGCAAUGCGGAAGGGACGGCGGGGCCGGAGCGGAAGUGAGGUCCCGCCGGCUCCCGCGGCAGGGAGCGGAGCGGAGCGGGCGGCCGCUGGUGGCAGGUGGCGCGGCCGGACUGCCUCUGAUAAAGGCAAAAUGGCUUUCAGUAAAGGAUACCGUGUCUAUCACAAGCUGGAUCCACUUCCAUUCAGUGUGAUAGUGGAAACCAGAAACAGAGAAGAAUGUCUCAUGUUUGAAUCCGGAGCUGUGGCUGUCCUCUCUUCUGCAGAGAAAGACACAAUCAAGAAUACCUACUCCAAAGUAAUGGAUGCAUAUGGGCUCUUGGGUGUAUUAAGAUUAAACCUUGGAGACACAUUGUUACAUUAUCUGGUUCUAGUAACAGGAUGCAUGUCUGUGGGAAAGAUUCAAGACUCUGAAGUUUUUCGAGUUACUUCCACUGAAUUUGUAUCGUUACGAAUUGAUUCAACAGAUGAGGAUCGUAUUGCAGAAGUGCGCAAAGUUUUGAACUCGGGAAAUUUUUAUUUUGCAUGGUCUGCAACUGGUGUCAGUUUAGAUCUUAGCCUUAAUGCUCACCGCAGCAUGCAGGAGCACACUACUGACAAUAGGUUUUUCUGGAACCAGUCACUGCAUUUACAUCUGAAGCACUAUGGUGUGAACUGUGAUGACUGGUUGUUACGUCUCAUGUGUGGAGGAGUGGAGAUAAGGACAAUUUAUGCGGCUCACAAGCAAGCGAAGGCUUGUCUCAUUUCACGACUAAGCUGUGAACGGGCUGGCACCAGAUUUAACGUCCGGGGAACAAACGAUGAUGGUCAUGUUGCUAAUUUUGUUGAAACAGAGCAGGUGAUAUUUUUAGAUGACUCUGUGUCAUCUUUCAUACAGAUUCGAGGAUCUGUUCCAUUAUUUUGGGAACAGCCAGGCCUGCAGGUGGGAUCCCAUCGUGUCAGAAUGUCAAGAGGUUUUGAGGCGAAUGCACCAGCUUUUGACAGGCAUUUCCAAACUCUUAAAAAUUUAUAUGGCAAGCAAAUUAUUGUAAAUUUACUUGGGGCAAAAGAAGGGGAACACAUGCUCAGCAAAGCUUUUCAGAGCCAUUUGAAAGCAUCUGAACAUUCAGCUGAUAUCAAAAUGGUGAACUUCGACUAUCAUCAAAUGGUUAAAGGUGGAAAGGCAGAAAAACUACACAGUGUGCUUAAACCUCAAGUCCAGAAAUUCUUAGAGUGUGGAUUUUUUUAUUUUGAUGGAAAGGAAGUUAAAAGAUCUCAAAGCGGUACUGUCAGAACAAACUGCUUGGACUGUCUGGAUAGAACAAACAGCGUGCAGGCUUUCUUUGGCUUAGAGAUGCUAACAAAACAACUGGAGGUAUUAGGAUUAGCUGAGAAGCCUCAGCUGGUUACUCGCUUUCAGGAAGUUUUCCGAUCCAUGUGGUCUGUGAAUGGUGAUUCUGUCAGUAAAAUUUAUGCUGGAACUGGAGCCCUUGAAGGAAAAGCUAAGGCUGGAAAGCUGAAGGAUGGUGCUCGUUCUGUGACCAGAACGAUUCAAAAUAACUUUUUUGAUAGCUCCAAGCAGGAGGCCAUUGAUGUUUUGUUAUUGGGAAAUACCCUAAAUAGUGAUUUAGCAGAUAAAGCACGGGCUCUCUUAACCACCAGCAGUUUACGCGUUUCAGAGCAAUCAUUACAAUCAGCAUCUGUAAAAGUGCUAAAGAGUAUGUGUGAAAACUUUUAUAAGUAUGCAAAACCGAAAAAAAUUAGAGUCUGUGUUGGGACGUGGAACGUCAACGGGGGGAAGCAGUUUCGAAGUAUUGCCUUUAGAAAUCAGACCCUCACUGACUGGCUUCUAGAUGCACCAAAGUUAGCUGGUAUUCAUGAAUUCCAAGAUCGCAAAAGCAAGCCUGUAGACAUAUUUGCCAUUGGAUUUGAAGAAAUGGUGGAGUUAAAUGCAGGAAACAUUGUGAAUGCCAGCACAACCAAUCAGAAGCUCUGGGCUGCUGAACUGCAGAAGACUAUAUCAAGAGAUUACAAGUAUGUGCUGCUGGCUUCUGAGCAGUUGGUGGGUGUCUGCCUUUUUGUGUUCAUCAGGCCCCAGCAUGCUCCUUUUAUCAGGGAUGUUGCUGUUGAUACUGUAAAGACUGGCAUGGGAGGAGCCACUGGAAAUAAAGGUGCAGUAGCAAUUCGGAUGUUGUUUCAUACAUCCAGUCUUUGCUUUGUCUGCAGUCAUUUUGCUGCAGGGCAAUCACAAGUUAAAGAGAGAAAUGAAGACUUCGUAGAAAUAGCUCGCAAGCUCAGUUUUCCAAUGGGAAGGAUGCUCUUUUCCCAUGACUAUAUCUUUUGGUGUGGUGACUUUAAUUAUCGAAUAGAUAUUCCAAAUGAGGAGGUUAAGGACCUAAUACGACAACAGAACUGGGAUCCCCUUAUAGCAGGAGACCAACUUAUCAAUCAGAAAAAUUCUGGACAGAUUUUUAGGGGAUUUUUGGAAGGGAAAAUAAAUUUUGCUCCUACAUACAAAUAUGAUCUGUUUUCUGAUGACUAUGACACCAGUGAAAAAUGUCGCACACCGGCAUGGACAGAUCGUAUUCUUUGGAGAAGAAGAAAAUGGCCUUUUGACCGAUCAGCUGAAGACCUGGAUCUUCUGAAUGCUAGUUUUCACGAUGACAGUAAUGUCCCUUAUACAUGGAAUCCUGGUACUUUGUUGCACUACGGAAGAGCAGAGCUGAAAACAUCUGAUCAUAGGCCUGUGGUUGCAUUGAUUGACAUUGACAUAUUCGAAAUUGAAGCAGAAGAGAGACAAAAAGUUUAUAAGGAGGUGAUCGCAAUGCAAGGACCACCUGAUGGUACUGUAAUGGUCUCCAUCAGAAGUUCUUCAGCAGAAGAAAACUAUUUUGAUGAUAACUUGAUUGAUGAUCUUCUUCAAAAAUUUGCAAGCUAUGGUGAAGUUAUACUUAUAAGGUUUGUGGAAGACAAGAUGUGGGUAACGUUUUUGGAAGGAAGCUCUGCUUUGAAUGUUAUGAAUUUGAAUGGUACUGAGCUACUAGGAAGGAUUAUAAAUAUAAGCUUGAAAAAUCCAGAUUGGAUCAGAAGUUUGGAAGAUGAAAUGAAUCUAGAGAAGAUUAAUAUUGGGCUGCCUUCAUCGACAAGCUCCACUUUGCUUUGUGAAGAUGCUGAGGUUACUGCAGACUAUGAUAUGGAAGGAGACAUUGAUGACUAUAGUGCUGAAGUAGAAGAAAUCCUUCCUCAGCAUCUACAGCCAACUUCAAGCUCUGGUCUUGGAACCUCCCCAAGCUCUUCACCACGUUCCAGUCCCUGUCAAUCACCUACGCUGUCAGAUGGACCUACGCUCCCAGCGAGACCAAGCCGAGCACCAACAAAAACUCCUGGACCACCUGUUUCCACACACACUGAAUUUCAGCUUGGUACCCAGCAGAAAGAGUCUUCUCAGAGCUUGGAGCCUAAGCGUCCUCCACCACCUCGCCCCGUUGCUCCUCCUGCACGCCCCGCUCCACCACAGAGACCACCUCCACCAUCAGGCGGUAGGAGUCCUGCACCUGCUAGAAAAGAAUUUGGAGGUCUUGGAGCUCCUCCCAGUCCUGGGGUAGCUAGGAGAGAAGUAGAAGCACAAAAAAGUCCUGGAACACAAAGAAAAGAUAACUUAGUUCGUAAUCAGCCUCCACCUUCAACUGGAAUUCCAAGCACAGGAACUGCUGGAUAUGGUACAACCAGACCAACUGUUCCACCUCGAGCUGGAGUUAUUAGUGCACCACAAAGCCAUGUCCGUCCCUCUGGGGGAAGACCAGCACCUGAAACUCAGACCAAACCAGCUGAACCACCAAGAGGCUCACCAUUGCUUCCUGAACCACUAAAGCCUCAGGCUGCUGGACCUGCUCAGUCCACCACUCAGCCACCACCUGUGCUGAGGAUGCAGGAGCCUCUGAUACCUGUGGCAUCACAUCCAUCUCAGACAAGUGCCCCACAAAGUCUGGAACCCCCACAACCACCACCUCGUAGCCGAUCAUCUCACAGUUUGCCUUCUGAAUCUGCUCCUUCACAGCAGCAGAUUAAAACAAAUGGAACAUACGGCACUAAACUUGAAACACAGUUAAACAGCGACCCUUUUGAAGAUUUGUCAUUUAAGCUGCUUGUGUCAAAGAUGCACACGUCUGUUCGAACAUCACCUGUUCCGACUUUAAACCAAAAGGAGGUGAUACAGUUGCCUUCAGCAACACAAAGAAAUGCUGAUAUUUUGAACACUGUAAAUUGCAUGCCAGCAAUGCCUCCUAUUCCAACCUUUAACACAUCCCAGGAACAUAAGCGCAGCUCUCCAAAUCCGUUUAUCACUGGACUGAACUGCACAAAUCCAUUCACUGAAAGAACUCCUAAUGCUGGAAACCCAUUUAGAACAGAAAUGCAAGAGUCUGAAAUAACUUCACAUUUACUAGAAGGACGUGCCGCUUGCAAUCCUUUUCCUUCUCUGAAUCCCCCCAGUUCUAAUACAAGCAAGCCUGUAUUUUCUGUUGAUGCAUCUGAAAACACUUUUUGCUUGCGAAGUAAAUCUCUCAUGGUAAAAAAUGUACAGCCGAAAGGAUGGGUAACGUUUGAUGAUGAUGAUGAGAAUUUCAGUGUAAAGCUAAAGCCAUCUAAAAGUGUUCCAGAUUUUAAGCGAAUCAGUUCCAGGAAGUCAGCUGGAUCUCCAGAUUUGCCGGGCACUGGACAAAAUACUUUUCUUGGUUCAGACUUUAACUUUGAUAAUGACUGGAAUAAAAGUUCUACUGAUUGCUUCUACACAAUGCCAGCAAGAAGACCACCUGCACCUCCUAUACCAUCAAGAAUAACCAGCAACAGAUCCCCCGCAGAUCCUUUCACUUCUUUGGCACCUAAGGUGUCACCAACACAAGAUUUUACAGAAAGAUAGAUGUUCAAAAAUAUAAGAGGUUAUAUUUGUUGGUACAUUUAUCCCGUAGAAUAAUUGGGCAUUUGAGAUUAUUCUGUGUGCAAUAAUUAAUUAUUAAAUGCACUGAACUUAACUCUACUCAUAAACAGCCACUAUUGUUUGUGUAUAAAUUUUGAAUAUGUAUAUAUGGUAGAGCACAAAAAAUUGUCUGAAAUUUAUUAAAAUCCCGAUGUAAUAGUAUUUGAAUAGACAGAGAAAAGAAGGAUGAGCUACUUAAUCUCAUUAAAAUAUACCAAUCUUGGAAAUAGGUUUUGCUUAGGGAGCUCUCUCAUUCCUGUUCCCCUUUGUGGAAUUUCAAAAAAAGAGGGUCCCUGCUGGUAGCCUCCCCACUCCCUUUGUACUGUUUUGUUAAUUGAUAUUUAUAAGUAUUUACCAAAGAUCUGCCAAAGUUUAUUGAGAUUUGAAUGUUGACAGGUAUUGUUUAGAAGUUGUUUAAUUUAUAACAGAGGCUAUGGAUAUUUGUAAGGCUUUUAUUUGAAUUCGAGGCACAACAAAAAUAGUUUAAUUUCAAAAUACAAACAAAACUUUGCGUAUUAAUAUAUUCAAUAUUUGACUUCAAUUUUCUGUGUCAGUACAUUUCAGCUAUUAAAUCUUAUUGUGACAUAUACUCACUAGCAUUACUUCAGAAUAAUUGUUCGGUAUCAUCCAUUUAUUCAUUACUAUUUAAAAGAUACUUUUUUCCACAAAUUGGAAACCACUGAUACAAGAAGUUUUCCCUCAACCUCUGGAAAAAAAUUCCCCUUGGGUUUUGAGAUACAAAGCAGUCUUUACCAGUUGCAGACAACACAUUGGAGUUGGCUUGUCCCACUUUAGAAGGGCUUUCUUGUCCUAUAGAAAGACCAGAGUGAGGGAGUCAGCAGCCAUGUUACAACGUCAGAGAAGGAGAAAGUCAUCUUAUGUGAUUGGGCUCAGCAUCCUCCCCAUCUCCUAGACUUACUGCUGUAUUUUUUAAAUCUUACUUUCAAAGACAACAGGAGAACAGUAAUUCUCUGAGCUGAACAAUAUCAUUCUGUCACUUUUGCAAUUAAAACUAAAUGAGUGACUCUUCCUUGCCCAGAGGCAGGGACCAGCCUCUGUGCGGGGUUGCUGGUUUGAGGCUAGUGAAGGCUAAGUCACAUUUCUACAUAUUAUGCUAUAAAAAUGCAACCCUUUGUGCUUUUAUGAUUUUCUAAAGCUCACAUGAGAAUACAUAAAAUACGAUAUGUUGUUAUCUUGAGGCAAUUUAAAAUAACUGAUUUCCUUAACUCCAUUUAGGUAUGCUGUAAAACCCUGCAGUUCUCCUUACAAUCCGCAGCAUCUUAGGAUGUAACUUACAUACGCAGCUGCGUACUUUCAUCCAAAGCUGAAUGUGUCACAAUGUUGUCAUCUCUUGGGGGACUGCAAAUACACGCCUACACGCAUUGGCUUACUUGUGAACAAACUGUACUGGUUCUGCAAAACCAGGGACUGAAACGCAACAAACUAGCAUUAUAUUUAUAGUAGCAAAAUACACAGUGACAGUACUUUUUUUAAAUUCUCAAAUGCUAUCCAAACAUUACUUAUAAAAUAAUCCACUCUUCCUUUAAAGAGUAUAUGGUUAGCCAUGAGCUGCAGUUGGAUAGAGGAGUGACGAUAGUGAGUUUUAUCUUGUGCUUUUUUCCGUUCAGGUCCUUAAACAGACCUUGUACAUUUUAAACAGCAGUGGUACUAUACUCUUUGUGCUUCGGUAUGUGGAUUACCUUGUUUUAAACUGUUGCUAUAAACAUCUGUGUGAUUGGUGUUUUGGUAUAUUCUUACAUUAGCAAAACAAUUUUGGGGGGAAACUUUUUGCUAGUGGGAGUUACGUGAUAAAUAUGUUCUUUGUUGAAUAUUUAAUUACAGUGAUUAAAAACUACUGUCUAAACUGUACCUGGUAUACAGCACCUCUACACUUUACAGGAUUACAGAGACUGACGGCAAAGCACUGCAAGGAUCACAAGAAAUGCUCCAAAAAUAAGAGUGUGUGUAUAUAUAUAGCUAACUGCUGUAACGUGUAUUAACAAGAAUAAUUACUAGCGGGAUUUCUGAAAAUACUAAGAAUUAAAAUUAGAAACGCUCAACACAUUUUCAUGAAUUCUGUGUUCCCUGUGGUAAAUUGCUCUGUUAAAUGUAACGAUUUUCUUGCUUGUGGCACACAACUAUUUAUGGCUGUACCCUUUCCGGAGCUGCAGUAUUGAAACUCAGUGGCGUACAACAUUCCCUCUCUACCCUGUGGAAGGCGGUGGUGUAUUCAUGAAAUAAACAUACCUGCCCUUGA